CGAACGAAAUGAGUGCUAAUGAGGCGCUGGCGCCUUUUGAAACUGAAUACACGAGGCUUUACGAAUCCUUAUACAAAGCCCAUAGAAAUGAGAAGGAACUAUCGGAACAAUGCAUUUUGCUCAAGAAUGAAAUUGUGGAUAACACGCAUAAGAUAAAUGAGCUAAAAAAAACAGUGGAAGCUUAUCAGGACGAUAUAGCUCGAUUAAAACAGGAAGUCACAAAAACGAUGAAAUUAGCCGAUGCGGAACACGCGCGCGAGCAAAAUGCACAGGAGAUGAUCGAGAAUUUGCGACUAAAUAUUACUAAACUAGGCCUAGAAAUCGAGCAAAAGAACAAACUAUUAGCAGCCGAGAAAGACAUCACCAUUAGCAAGAAAAAGGAGAAUCUAUUGAAAGAAAGGGAGAUACUCAUUGGCGAGAUGGAGACUAUGCGGCAACGCUUGAAAAAUAUAUCCUGUUACGCGGAGGAGCUUGAGCAAAAAAGUAACGAGGUCAAUCAACGAAUGACAGAGAUGCAGGAAAUUAUUGGCAUGCAACUGAAUGAAAUCUCGCGAGAAAAAGGUGUCCGAGAGAGAUUGGAAAUGGAGGUGCGACGACUUCAGGAAGAAAUCAUUAUAAAGAAAAGCGAAUUAGAGGUUGCGAACGUAUCUGUUGAGACAAGUACGAAUAACGUAACAAGAUUGGAGAAUUUGAUAAAAGACCAAAAAAUAACGGAUGAGAAACUGCGAAAGAAAAUGAGCAAGCUGAUGCUAAAGAAAAUGAAUCUACAAACAGAUUUCGACAAUGCAAUCGUCGAAAUAGAAAAACUGGAAAAAGAACUCUCCGAUAAAGGGAAGAAGAUAAGGAACAUCAAGUACGAGCUUAACAGAACAAAAGAGGAUAGCGCCAAAUACAAACACGAGAAGGAUUUGAUAGACAAACGAUUGCUGAAAGCGGAAUCUGAACAAUCUAAACUGAAGCGUGAAUUGAAGCAAACUCUGAUUAAUGUCAAGAAUGUUGAACAUGAUGCUCAAAUCUGUCGCAAGGAACAACUCGAGGACAAGCAACGUAUUGAAAAUUUGUUACGAGAGAAAAAUAACAUUGUCCUUAUCAAAGAGACCGCGUAUGAGAGAAUCAAGCGAUUAGAUCACGAACUAUUAUUAUGCGGACAUGGCAAAAAAAAAAUGGAACAUGAAAUGGACACACUGACACAAACCAUCGACGACAUGAAGAAACAAAUGGAAGUUGUAGAAAAAGAAAGGGAUAGAUACAGUACAGCAGUACAAGGAUUAGAACAGAAGUUGGAGAGACAAAUAAGUGAAACUGAACAAAAACAAGUGGAGGUAUUGGAUUACAAGAAAAGCUUGGCUGAUGUCGAAACCAAGUACCGUCAACAUCAAAGUCUAUUCGAAGCUGUCCGUGCGGAAUGGAAUCUGUGCAACAGAAGUUUGAUAGAGACGCAGGAGGAGGUGCAAGAUUUAAAGAGCAAACUGAAAAUUACAAGCCAGCAGACUGAGCAAUUGAAAGAAGACAUUGCGAUGAAGGAAGCCAAUCUUGUCAAGAAGGAAUUCCUGUUAAGAAAAGUUGAGAAAGAGAAAGAGGAACUUAAGAUUGAUUUGCGAGCUUCUCAUAUGGAAAUAACCAACUUACGACAACAAAUUGAAGAAGCAAAGAAAAAGGAAAAGAGCCUCAGACAGGCCAUACAUCAGGCAGAUUCAGAUAUCGUACGUCAGAAGAAAGAUGUUGAUAACGUUAUGAAUGAACGUGACAUACUCGGUACACAAUUGGUCCGAAGAAAUGAUGAACUGAGCCUGCAAUACAGCAGGAUGAAGGUCUUGAAUAGAACAUUACAGUGUGGCGAGAAGCAAUACAAUCAAAAGUUAGAAGAUAUUCGGUUACUUAAGUUCGAAGUGAAAAGACUUAGAACCGAGAAAAUGUUACUAACAAAAAAUAUCUUCAACGUUAGUGAUUUGCGCCAAGAAGUUUUUCAUCUAAAUCGUAACCUAACAAAAGAAAAACUUAAAGUCACUGCACUUGAAGAGGAAAUUCAAACUCCAUUAAACAUACACAGAUGGCGAAAGCUCGAGGGUACAGAUCCUACUACUUUCGAGCUUGUUAAAAAAGUACAAAUUCUACAAGAACGUAUUUUGAAAAUGUCCACUGACAUAAUUCAUAAAGAGAGGAAACUAAAAGAUGCUGAGAAAUUAUAUAUGAAUCUUCGUGACGUUUUGUCGAAGCAACCAAAUUCGCAGAGAGAGACAAGCUUAAAUAAGGUUCAAAACAUUUUACGUAAAAGGGGAGAGAAGAUCAAGUGUCUCAUCGCGGAGCUGAAUAUGUACGAGUCGCAAGUGGGUGGAUUUAAAGAUGACAUGAUAACAAUGACCAAUGAGAUGUGCGAGUUGAUGAAAAUAUUUUAUGCACAAAAAAUUAAACUCCAAAAAAUUAAAGAGAUGACUUUGAAGUCUACGUACAAAACUAUUCUUCCAGAUAUUUUGGUACGUACUAAAAAAUUUUAUGGAGGUGGCUUCAAGAUAAAGACUUUAACUUCAAAAAUUCAUUGUACCAUGGACUCCUCAGCAAGCAAAUAA